AGUUCGAGUUGGCUAGAAUCAUUGAUCAGUGAGAUUUUGUCAUAUGAUCAGAGCACGACUGGGUCUUUGAGUUAGGAACUGUGGUUUUUCAUUAGCUAUAAAAAUAUAGAAGGAAAAAAUGUUCAAAUUAAUUUUAUUGGCUCUUGCCACCCUCGUUACAGUGCAAGCCACUGGGGAUCUUGUUAUUUUACACAGUCCAGAUAGUGUAACUUUUAAAGGAAAUGAAGAAGUGAAUCAAAGCCUUCUUAAAGAGAUCUGCGCUGCUGCUCUUGGAUUCACUGUUAAACAGAAAAGUACAUGGUCUGGUAUUUCUAUUAACAACCCGUUUCAUCUCCCAGAAGCUUUUGUUGGAUUUGCGGUAGAAGGAAUAAACUCUCUACAUUCUCCUAGGGGUAAAAGAUUCCCUUUAAAUGUCGACGAAGUUGAAGAAACCACGUGGCAAGCUUUAAGUGGUCGUCUUGAAGAACGUGAUAAUGACAAUACUUUAGUUAGGAUUUAUCUUGGAGAUGGACUUGAUGCUCUCGGCCAAUCUGCAUUGGGCGAACUUAAGCCAACAGCUAUCGAUGAAUCUUCCCUGAAGUUCUUAAGCUUAGAAAACGAGGAAGAUCGUAAAUUCCUUGAGGAAGUACAACUUUUGCGUGCUAUUGCUCAGAAGGUUCCUUCAGCUAUCCGCGCUGACUCCAUACCAGACGUUUAUUGGCUUGUAGUCUCUGAAAUACGUCCCGUACUAGAUUUCCAUGGAGAAGAGUCUGCUGCAGCCAAGGAAGCUCUAACUCUGCUUAAUGAUGCCCUUUCCGACGUGAGCAAGGCAUUCAUGGAUGUAUAUGAAAACAAGGUUCUCAUUGCAGCAUUCACUAACGACGCAAGCCAAGUGCGUCAUACCCGUUCCGUUAUUCUCGAAAGGGAAACCAGGGAUACCGCCUCUAAUACUUCAUCGGGUAGUGGUACCAAGAUAAAACGCUCUUCAGAAAUUAAAGAAACACCAACUGACAAUGAAAUUAACACAACUGAAAAACCUGAUCAGCAAGAUGAUAUCGAUGAAAAGAAAAAAAAAAUCACAAACGAAGAUGGGACGGAGGUUGGUGCCACUAGUGGUGAUAAUAACAAUGAUAAUUCUGAACAUGCUAACAAUCCUAUUGAACAAACUACUGACAGCACCAAUGGUGCAAAGCAGGCAGAAAAGAGCAGCACUGGUAAAGAAGUCAUACGUGACAUACACCAGUUGAACCUGUCGAAAGACUAUGAUGAAGAUUACCCCGUCAUCUUUAACAUUCUUCUAUGGUUUGGAGUUGUCUUCGUCUUUUCACUUCUUGCAAUAUGCAUUGCUAUCGCUGAUAUGGAUCCAGGACGGGAUUCCAUCAUCUAUAGGAUGACCUCAAACCGAAUGAAGAAGGAUAACUAAAUAAAUUACACAAAAAGAAUAUUUAAAUGCCGAUUAUUUGGAUUGUAUAGUAAAAAAUCCUUUAUGGAAAUGUACCUACUUGAACACAUUGAUUGUAAUUUCCAUAUUUAUAUUGUAUAGCGAGAGACAAUAUGUACAUUAUCAUUUUCUUGUAUUCUUGCAUUAAUUUUAAUGUAGUGUUUAAGAUUCCAAAGUGAUGUCCAUCAUAAUGUACCUAAAGUGCAUAUGUAAACAUUCUUGUACAGAAAUCAUUGGGCUUGAAUGUCAUUAAUGUCGAUUGCCCAGCAUUCCUCAUAAUUGUAGUAUAUUAAUAUGUUACGAUUGGUAGAAUUACGAUAGCGUUCGUUGGUUAUGUAGUCAAUGAGAAGGUGAAGGGAGCAUAAUAUUAUUAAUAAGAAAAAAGUAAGAAUAAAAUUUAUUUAAAUCUUUAA